AUAAUUUUUCAUGAACCCUGCAUUAUUGAAGAGAACGAAUAGACUCAUGCACUUGUUCCAGAAGAGUGAUCUCCACUCUGGUACCUAUGCAAGACCCCUCUAUGAGCUAAUUGAGCUUGUUGGAAUCGAUGAAAAAGCUAAAACUGUAAUAUUCGAGAGCCCAGUAACAGAAUUCCAGACAAAUAAUAUUGGAAGCGUUCAUGGAGGGUGCUUGAUGACUUAUAUUGAUAUAGUCACUACUAUAGGAAUUUAUACAUUCUCUAGGGAUGAUAAAGCAACAACAUCUGCAAACAUUACCACAGAUUUCAUGGCACCUGGUGAGUUGGGAACUACUCUUUCAUUAGUUGCUAAAAUGGACAAGAUUGGAAAAAGGUUGGCAUUUUCGUCUGCUGAAAUAUACAGUAAAGAGUCAAAUCAGUUAGUUGCAAAGGGAAGCCACAUCAAGGCCUUCUUACCCAUGGAUUUCAAAGGCAUAAAGGAUCUUAAGGAUGAAGAUUUUUUAAUUUAA